UACUACAUACUGCUGACCCAGUUGCUCAGGUACCCUGCCUGUCUUUGUUGCUAUGGGAGAUUGGAAGACUAUUACUGUGCCAGUGCUGUCAUCAGAUAGCAAAAAUAUUUUUCACUAUACCUCAGAGAAAAAGAUAUCUCCCCCAAGCAUGAACUCACAAGUGCUACGCUUGCCACUGCCUUCAUCCAAAAGCACGCACAGCUUUUUCAGUGCCUUCUGCACAGAAGAGAAUAUUGAACAGAGUAUAUCCUAUCUCAAUAGGGAAUUGACAACAUUGGGCUUUCCUUCUAUUUAUGCAGAGUCCAAAGGAAAAGAAGUAAAUUUAAUAUCUCUCAUAAAUUGCAUGAAUGAAUUGCUUGUACUGCAGCACAAGAACCUUCGAGCUCAGGAAGAAGUAGAAAUGCAGCAUCUGAAACUGGGUAGCGAUAUGGAUCACUUACAGAACUGCUAUGCUAAAUUAAAGGAACAGUUGGAAUUAUCUAAAAGGGAAAUAGUUGGACUUCAGGAAAGAGACAGACAACUGCAAAGCAAGAACAGAAAUUUGCACCAGUUACUUAAAAAUGAAAAGGAUGAAGUACAGAAGUUACAGAACAUAAUUUCAAGUAGAGCUACACAGUACAAUCAUGAUAUGAAGAGGAAAGAGAGAGAAUAUAACAAAUUAAAGGAACGCUUACAUCAGUUGGUCAUGAACAAAAAGGACAAAAAGAUAGCUAUGGAAGUUCUAAAUUAUGUUGGUAGAGCUGAUGGGAAGAGAGGUGCAUGGAGGACUGAUAAGACAGAAGCCAGAAAUGAAGAAGAAAUGUACAAAGUUCUGUUAAGUGAUUAUGAACAACGCCAAAAACAGCUUUUAGUGGAAAAUGCUGAGCUGAAAAAGGUUCUUCAGCAAAUGAAGAAAGAGAUUAUUUCACUUCUCCCGCCACAGAAACAGAAACCUAAAGAAAGGUCUGAAGAUGGGCCAGUGCUGUCAGACCUGGAGGAAGAUAUUGGAGAGUUAAAUAAAGAGAACAUGUGGGAACUGUCUUGUGAAACUGUGCGAGAGCAGCUUACCAACAGCAUUAGAAAACAAUGGAGAAUGUUGAAAAAUCAUGUUGAAAAGCUGGAUAACCAAGUGUCACGUGUACAUUCAGGAGCUUUGAAUGAAAAAGAUGUAAUUUCAAGAGAAGACCAUGAGAUGGAAACUGAAAAGCUAGAGUUAGAGAUUCAGCAAUGUAAAGAAAUGAUCAAAACUCAGCAACAGCUCUUACAGCAGCAGCUUAUGUCUCCGUGUGACGAUGACACCACUCUGUUACUACAGGACUGCUAUUUGUUGGAAGAAAGAGAGCGUCUUCAGGAAGAAUGGAGACUAUUUCGAGAACAAAAAAAGAAUUUUGAGAAGGAACGGAGAAGUUUUACAGAAGCUGCUAUUAGAUUAGGACUUGAGAGAAAGGCAUUUGAAGAAGAUAGAGGGGCAUGGCUGAAGCAACAGUUCUUAAGUAUGUCUACUGAUUACAAGCACUCUGAAAAUGCGACAACUCCAAGUGCCUUCUUAGGAAGUUCCGACCAAGACAAUCAGUCAGUGAAAUCUACAUCUCAGCAAAGAAAAUCUCACUGUAUGUUGAGUGGUCCUGUUUCAGCAGAACCUUGCCAAGCAUCUCAGUAUAUUACACGUAACAGUUCCAGUGCUGCAUCAAAAAAACCUGCUGGAGAUAGCAAGCCAAAUCAGUGGGUGGAAAGUGACGAAGAAGAAACAGAGUAAUGCACAAAGUCACGGGAAGAUGCUGGAGUUGGCGCUCUGCUAUGUAGAAACUUGCACAUAGAAC